AUGCAUCCGGAUCCUGGACCCUUACAGACACUGCUGUAUAUCACUCUUGCCCUCCUGUGCUCCUCAGUGAGUUCGGACCUGGCACCUUAUUUUAUUUCUGAGCCACUGUCUGCUGUCCAGAAACCUGGCGGACCUAUAGUUCUACAUUGUUCUGCUAAACCUGUGACCGCUCAUAUCACGUGGUUGCAUAACGGAAAAAGAUUGGACCGAAACUUGGAGCAGAUCAAGAUUCAUCAGGGGACUUUGACUAUCCUUUCUCUCAACCCCUCCCUUUCGGGUUACUACCAAUGCAUCGCCAACAACAGCAUCGGUGCAGUUGUGAGCGGCCCUGCAACAGUUUCCAUUGCAGUUCUUGGUGACUUUGACUCAUCCGCAAAGCAUGUUAUUACAGCAGGAGAAAAAAGCGCUGGUUUCAUUGGCUGCAAGGUACCAGAGAGCAACCCCAAAGCCGAGGUGCGCUACAAAAUCCGGGGCAAGUGGCUGAGGCAUUCUACAGAGAAUUACUUAAUCCUUCCAUCAGGAAAUCUUCAGAUUUUGAAUGUAUCCUUAGAGGACAAGGGAUCGUAUAAAUGUGCAGCUUUUAAUCCUGUCACACAUGAAUUAAAAGUCGAACCCAUUGGCCAGAAGCUCCUUGUGAGUCGCUCUUCUUCAGAUGAUUUUCACAUUCUUCACCCCCGCCUUUCACAGGCGUUAUCUGUGCUUUCUCAUAGUCCUGUAACCCUGGAGUGUGUGGUGAGUGGGACCCCAUCUCUUCAAGUGCACUGGCUGAAGGAUGGUCAGGACGCGGUGGCGGGAAGCAAUUGGAGGAGGUUGUAUUCUCAUCUUGCCACAGAUAGCAUUGACUCAGUGGAUGCCGGGAACUAUUCCUGCAUGGUGGGAAGCAAGUCUGGAGACGUAAAGCACGUGACUUACAUGGUCAAUGUCCUUGAACGUGCUUCCAUUUCUAAAGGACUGCAGGAUCAAACUGUGUCUCUGGGGGCCACAGUGCAAUUUACCUGUGAGGUUCGUGGAAACCCAUCCCCCAACCGUACCUGGUUCCAUAACGCACAGCCCAUUCAUCCUUCCCCACGACAUCUAACUGCAGAAAAUGGAUUGAAAAUCAGUGGUGUCACCAUGGAAGACUCCGGCCUGUAUCAGUGUGUGGCGGACAAUGGGAUUGGAUUUAUGCAGUCCACUGGGAGACUUGACAUUGAAAAAGACAGUGGGCUCAAGCCAGUAAUCAUUACAGCCCCAGCAAGUAUGAAGGUGGCAGCUGGAGACUUUGUGACUUUGUCCUGUAACGCCACCGGAGUGCCAGUUCCGGUCAUGCGCUGGUAUGACAGGCAUGGAUUGAUAACCAGCCAUCCGUCUCAAGUCCUUAGAUCGAAACCCCGAAAGUCACACUUACUAAGACCCGGGGGCUUUGACGCCGAGCCUGUCUACUUCAUCAUGUCCCGAGGUGGCUCCAGCUCACUGUACAUCCAGGCCGUCACUCAGGAGCAUGCUGGGAAGUACACCUGCGAAGCCACGAAUGAGCAUGGCUCCACGCAGUCGGAAGCUGUCCUCACAGUGGUUCCUUUGGAAACAAAUACAAAAGCAGGAGUAGUCACAUCCGAUGCUGCUCAGAAUGAGAAGAGAGAUGGUUCAGAAACGGGACUCGCGAGCUCCCUUCCCGUGAGGGAACAUCUCAGCUCAGUGGAGACACCGUCCGAGAAAAGUGCGAGCAGUGCCUCAGUGCCCGAGGCCCCCAUCAUUCUGAGCCCCCCGCAGACCCCCACGGCAGACACAUACAACCUGCUCUGGAGGGCGGGCAAGGACGGCGGGCUGCCCAUCAAUGCCUACUUUGUGAAGUAUCGGAAGCUGGACGAUGGUGCUGGCGCGGUGGGCAGCUGGCACACAGUGCGCGUCCCGGGCAGUGAAAACGAGCUGCACUUAACGGAACUGGAGCCAUCGAGUCUCUAUGAGGUUCUGAUGGUGGCCAGAAGCGCCGCGGGCGAGGGACAGCCUGCCAUGCUGACCUUCCGAACCAGCAAAGAGAAAACAACCUCAUCGAAAAACGUGCAGGCCCCCUCCCCUCCAGCGGGCGUUCCGAAGCGCCCCGUGCUCUCAGAGGCUGCAGACCACUUUGGGGUGGUCCUGACAGACUCUUCCAGGCACAGCGGAGUUCCAGAGGCCCCCGAUCGGCCCACCAUCUCCAUGGCAUCCGAGACUUCCGUCUAUGUCACUUGGAUUCCUCGGGCCAAUGGGGGUUCUCCAAUCACUGCCUUCAAGGUCGAAUAUAAACGGAUGAGGAGCAGUGAUUGGCUGGUGGCAGCGGAAGAUAUCCCUCCUUCCAGACUCUCUGUGGAAGUUCGUAGUUUAGAGCCAGGUUCAACAUACAAAUUUAGGGUCAUUGCUAUCAACCAUCACGGUGAGAGUUUUCGGAGUUCAGCAUCUCGUCCUUAUCAGGUGGCUGGGUUCCCCAAUCGCUAUUCCAACCGCCCAGUGGCCGGCCCUCACAUUGUGCACACAGAAGCCGUCAGUGAUACGCAGAUCAUGCUAAAGUGGACGUACAUUCCAUCAAUUAACAAUAACACUCCCAUUCAAGGAUUUUAUAUCUAUUACCGGCCAACAGACAGUGAUAAUGACAGUGAUUAUAAGAGGGACAUCGUAGAAGGCUCAAAGCAGUGGCACACGAUUGGGCAUCUGCAGCCAGAAACCUCCUAUGAUAUUAAGAUGCAGUGCUUCAACGAAGGAGGGGAGAGCGAGUUUAGUAACGUGAUGAUCUGCGAGACUAAAGUGAAACGUGUUCCCGGAGCCUCGGAGGAUCCUGGCAGAGACCUGAGCACCCCUCCCAGCUCCUUAGGUGGCGGAGGCCACUCAGGGCCCGCAGCCAGCCCCGCCAGGAGCAGUGACAUGCUGUACCUGGUGGUGGGCUGUGUGCUGGGCGGCAUGGUCCUCAUCCUCAUGGUCUUCAUCGCCAUGUGCCUGUGGAAGAACCGCCAGCAGAACACCACGCAGAAAUAUGACCCACCAGGAUAUCUGUACCAAGGCUCAGACAUCAACGGGCAGAUGGUGGAAUACACCACCCUGCCCGGCACCAACCGGAUAAAUGGCAAUGUGCACGGGAGCUUCCUGAGCAGCGGGGGUCUCAGCAACGGCUGCUCCCAUCCUCACCACAAGGUCCCUAACGGGAUCCGCGGGCCCGUGAACGGGAGCUUAAACGGAGGGCGUUACCCUGGGCACACGAGCUCUCUGACCAGGACACGUGUGGACUUUGAGCAUCCUCGUCAUCUGGUGAAUGGUGGCAGCAUGUACACAGCAGUACCUCAGACCGAGCCGGUGGAGUGCAUCACCUGUCGAAAUUGCUGGAAUAACAAUCGGUGUUUCACCAAGACGAACGGCACUUUCAACAGCAGCCCCCUCUCUGUGGUCCCAGUGGUGGCGCCUUGUCCUCAGGAUGGUUUGGAGAUGAAGCCCCUCAGCCACGCGAAGAUGCCUGCGUGUCAGGCUUCCACACCCCCCGACGGUGGCCCAGCACCUGGGGAGAGCGUCACGGACGAUGUGGCGGCAAGACCUGCUCCACACACGUGCUGUCAGGACAGCAGGAGUGAGGUCACCUCUGAUUCCACAGAGGAUGCGGCGGGAUGCAGCAGAGGAGACAGCUGUGUCCAUUCAGAAACAGAGAACACAGUUUUAAGUUGGAAUCCUCUUAUCUUGCCACCUGCUUCAAAGGACUGUACUGAAAAGACAACAUGGUCUCCUCCUGGCAUUCCUUUAGACAGCCCCGCUGGGGUCCUUCAGCAGCCCCAGGAGACCUGA